CGCCCCCGCGCAUGCGCACCGCAAGCCAGCGCCAUGUUGGGGCUGUUUGAAAGCGAGCGCGGGCGUUGGGUUCCGCUGUGACGGCGGAGGAAGCUGCCGGCUAGCGGAGCCUGGGGCGGGGUGGGCCGGCUCGGGGGUGCUUUGUCGUGUCUCCCGUCCGACCGCACGCCUGGAUUUUCGGGGCAGAGUUGCGGAAGGGUAGUAGGAAUUUCUGGCCUUUCGGUUAACAUUCUAUUCUUCGGAAUGAUGGAUUUCUCUUUGAAGAUACGAGCGGAAGCGUUUAGGGAGAAAAGGUUGUUUUUAAGAGAAAUGAAUAGAAAUAACCUGUUUUGAGGAAGCCAUGGCAAAAUCAAAUACAAAACACAGACUUUGUUCUCGGGAAUCUUCAGUAUCUUCUCUGUUAGCAAGCUGCAGCCUGAAUGGUAGUAAUUCUUAUAACUCUGAAGGCUCUUUUCAGUAUAAGGAUAAACUGUACAGUUCUGCAUCUCAGGCUCUGCAGGCCUAUAUUGAUGAUUUUGAUCUAGGCCGGAUGUAUCCUAGUGCAAGCACUGGAAAGAUUAACAUCGAUAAAUGUUCUGCUAAUAUCCCAGAAUUCUCCAACUAUAUUUAUAAACCAAACAACGCUUUUGAAAAUCUUGAUCACAAGAAAAGCUCCUUGUUCUUAUCCUAUAGAAGACAGACUAUUAAUGACAUAGAUUCUGUUAGCCUAACAACUGAUGAUCUAUUAAAACUUCCAGCAGAUGGAUCAUUUUCUUUCACCUGUGUUGGACCACGUCACCGAAUUAGCAAGAAAAACAAGAAAUGCAUUCGGAGACUGAAUUUGCAGGACACUGAAAAGAAUCAAAACUUUCAAGAACCCUUCACUCCCGUGGGGAAGGAUAACUUAGCUACUCCUAUUGUAUACACAAAUAUAAAUGGAAAGCAAUGUGGUAGACUAAAAAACCCAAAAUUUGUGAAUAAGACUAAUAAAUGCAUUUCUGAACCAUCUUUUUCCAAGAAAUCAUCUUUCAAGGACAAUUCAGAACAUAAUCUUGAAAAGAAUUACCCAAGAUGGCUCACUAGCCAGAAAUCUGACCUUGAUGUCUCAGGGAUAACGAGUAUACCUGAUUUCAAAUACCCAGUCUGGCUCCACAAUCAAGACUUGCUGCCUGAUACAAAUGGUCAAAGGAUUUAUAAAAUAUUUAAAGAAGAUCAAUGUUCCCCUACACAUAGUUACCAGGCACAAAGAACUUCUCGGCUCAUGAAUAAAUUAGAUUGUUUUGAAUAUUCUUUUGAACCCUCAAACAUUUCAAAUUCUUUGUGUGAUGAUAAAGGAUUAGUUAAUGAAUAUAAAUCUGAUUUUGAACAUACCCAAUGUCAAUGUGAGAAUCCACUUCUCCCAGGACAAUCCGAAAAGCCAUUCAGUGGUGACAAAAUUGAAUUGCUAAUCCUGAAGGCCAAGAGAAAUAUAGAGCAUUGUGCAGAAGAAUUACCAAAGUCUGUGGAAAAGGAUGACAGUCCUAAUUCAUUAGAUAAACUUGAAGCAGAGAGAUCAUGGGAAAAUACUCCUGUUACUUUCAAACCCCCUGUUCCUGUUAACUCUGAUGAUAGUCCUCAACAAACUUCAAGGGCAAAGUGUGCUAAAGGGUACCUUGAAGACUUUUUAAAUAGUGAUAAUCAGAGCUGUACCCUUUCUGGAGGGAAGUAUCAUGGUCCUGUUGAAGCCCUGAAACAAAUGUUAUUUAAUCUUCAGGCAGUACAAGAAAGUUUUAAUCAGAAUAAAACCACAGAGCCAAGAGAAGAAAUUAAGCAAAUUUCAGAAGAGGAUCUCUCUAAAUUACAAUUGAAGGAAAGUAUGGUUCCUAUCAGUAGGUCACUUCAAAAGAUGACUGAGUUUUCUCCACUGCGACCUGACCUGUAAUCUUGGCUUUAUUUUAAAGGAAAACCAGAUCUUGGUAUAAUACCACAUUAUUCAACAUAAUUGUCAUUUGUUUCCCCCAUGCUCAAUAAAAAUGAAUUUUCCUUAGAACUAUAACCAAUCCUUCAGUGCUAUUUUAAAAAUUUUAGCUAUCUUGAAUGUGCAUGUUAAAAAUGAAUUAUGUACUUUAUUUCUUAAAUGAUGUACACAGUAUACCAAAAGAAAAGAUAUCAUUGCACAGAACUGUUGUGAAAAUUACAUGAAAAAACGUUUAGUUAAAUGUGAUACAAAUGAUAUUUCUUAUUAUUUGUUAUUAGGCUACUUGGAAACUUUAAAAAAAUAAAACUUGAAUAUCAAACAUAUAAUUUUUAAAGUAAAUGUUUACAGAAUUUUAGAUGAAUCAUUUUAACCCUCAAUUAUUCAGAUCUCAAGGGUUUAAAAAAAAUUCUCAAAGUUUGAUACGUACAUUAUUCUAUAAAUUCAUUUCUCAUACUAAUUUUCGAUUAAUAAGCAAUGUAAUCACCAUUUCUUGCUGUCUCCAUUUCCUAUUCAGUCCUUAAUAUUGGUUUAUAAUGUGUUUUAUACUUUUUAAUGAAGGGCUUUGCACCAUUUGUCUCGACUGAGGGACCUGGUUGAUGAUACCAGUGGGAAACAGUCACCGAAAAUGUGAAGAGGAAAAUAAAACAGUCUAACCAAUAAAUAGUCACCACAGAACAAAAAUGUAUUUUUUUCUAUUGCUUAAACUGACAAAGUAAUUAUAAGCCAUACAUUAUACUGUGAUUGGUUCAAGUAUUAUGUAUUUUAAAAAACUAAACUGGAAAAUGUCCAUGGGUUUUGUGAACUAAUCUCAUUUUGUGCCAAAAUACCAGAAUGUGACACACUAUGCCCUAUAGUCUGACCUUGGUCUUCAGGUCAGCAAAUGUCUAAUAUUCAAAGAUGGAUAAUUUCUGCUCUUGAAGCUAACAUGGACUUACCUUCUUCAGCAUCCUCAUCAUUUUAUCAUCUGGUUCUGGGUCAUUAAGAAACUCUUGCUAGUUUCUAUUCAAAAUCUCUUAAAUAGACUUUUGAUACAGUUAGCAUCCACUUUUAAUGAGCUUAAAGGAAUACCAAAAUCAUUAUGGUGUAUCUUAUCCAUAUGGAAGUCUGUUACUUUUAAGUUUUCAUAAAUCAAAUAUUUAAGCUGUGUUGUAUUUGCAAAUAACAGUAAUUUUCUAGUGGGGUGAUGCUAAAAGGAAUGUUUUCAUGUUGUAAAAAUGCAAGAGAACCUAAUUUAAUGCUUUGAUUCUGUGUAAGAAAAUCUUGAUAAUAUUUGACAGUUUACAAAACAUUUUUGAGGAGGAUUCUUGAGAAUUUAAUUUUUUGAUAUUAGAUUAUUUCCCAGAUUUUAGUUUUGGGAUUACCUCAAAUUAGUGAAAACUGAGAUCAGUGGCCAAUUGCUUUAUGAAAUUUGAUAACAAAAUUUAAAGAAAAUGAAUAUGGAAAAUCAGAAAGCAGCUCUCUGUAUUUUAAAGCUAUUUUGUAAGAACUGAACUUUCUUAAAAGCAAUCUGUUGUCUUUAAAGUUUUUCUCUAGUUGAAACUGAACAGAGCUCUAUAGUUUGCAAUUUCUACCAAGUGAACUAAUAAGCAGGCAGCAUCUUUACCCACAAAACUAAGAAUUAAGGCGUAGCAUUAUAAAUAAUGAAACAUAUUUCAAGAAGCCUGAUGGAAUUAAAGAAUAUCUAUGUACAGAUUAAAUGGAAUUAAAGAAUAUCUAUGUACCGAUACUACAGAUAUACAGAUACUACAGAUUAACACUUUACCCAAACAGUAGCAUCUUUCCUAAGUAGCUUUACUAUCAAAUAGGAAUUUCGAAGUACAUUGGGUCAAAGAAUUUUUUUCCCCCAAAUUUAAAGCACUAUAUAAGACCUUUGUUAUAGAACUGACAUGUCAAAGACUGUAGACUGAUCCCCAUCUUAUUUCUGGGCCAGUGAGUCAGUCACUGUACUGUUCUUUUUGCCCAGUUUGAGAGAGACUUGCCAAUAAAUUUGUUUACUCUGGAGGUAUUUCUGCCACUGACAUGCUAUGUUCUGUUAUCUUCUUCACAGCAAAUAGCUUGCAUACAAUCAAACAAGGCAUUAUUUGGUGUUUAAAGUCUGGCUGGCUGUUAAAAAUGCAGAUUUUAAGUGGGUAAACAUCAGGUGGAUCUGGAUUGAUCGUGUUCCAGGCUUAGCGAAAUCCACUAUUGGGCAAAUUCUAAAGAAGGCAGAGAAGAUAGAGACAUCAGAUAAAUAAACUUCUAAUUACAUAUUAUAUGUUGGUCAGACGUAAUAUUUCUAGAUGCUCUAGAAAGCAUCUCCAAAGAGAUUGUGCUGUAAUGGCUGAAUAGCACUGAUUUGGUUAGUGCUUCCAUUUGCAAAAACAUCUCUUCAGUACUAAAUAAGAUAAGCCUUUUCUGAAAUUUUAUGUUAUAAAUAAUGUUUUAAGAAACUUAUUAUACUUACCAAAGGAAUAUUUUUCCUUUUAUGUUAAAUAUGGAAGUUUAGUAUUUUAUCCCAAAAGGAAAUUAACUUUAUCAAAAUGAUUAAUUCCAACAUUUUUAAAAAAGAAAUAUGUUGGCGAGUCAACUAAGAAAAAAACUAAAUGAUAAAUGUUUAAGAAGUUCUCUAAAGAAUUGAUUGAAUCAGUUACAUGUUAAGUAUUUCACUGUUUUUUAUCUUGAGGUUUCCAGGGGGAAAGAGAGAGACAAUGGUAUUGAGACUGCUGAGUUGGGAAUUUAAAAGCAGAUAAUGACAACAAUUAGAUUUAAAAAAUUACAUUGUGAAUAUAAAAUUUUAUCAACUCUUUUCUCUCUUUUUAGUAUAUUGAAAAAUGUUAAGUAGAAAAAAUGAGAACAUUUUAAUAAAACAUUUCAAAUUUUUAAUGGAAUAUGAAAAAAAUUUAACAAGCCUGAUCCCCAAAAUUAUUUGAGAUCAAGGGAUAAAGGUGUAAUGAAUAUAUGAAAACUCAAAGCUCAGCUGUAUUUUCCUUAUUAUCAGUAAGAACUCUACUUUCAGUUUUUCCUGUGAAAUUUAUUUCAGUUUCCUGAAGAUUUCUGACCAAAUUGAGGAACUCUGUCUCCUUGGGUUUUUUUGGGUUGUAUGUCCCUUUUGUUAUAUUAUUUCUUGUUGAAAUUUAUAAAUAUGGAUUUUUUUUGUAUUGUUUUGUAUUUAAUGUUUAGGAUACUGUCUUGUUAAAUUAUGUGUAACUAUACCAAAAUGUUGCCUGAAGAUAAAUCACGACAAGAUUCCUUUUCCCCCCUACGUUUUGAAUACGUGGAAUCGCUUACAGAUUUGCCUUUUGUUUCAUUUUUCCUGUCCCAUCUUUCACUAUGUCUCAAAACCUAUUUGGUGAAAAUGCCUGGAGAAGUGAACUUGCCAAAAGGCAAGUAGCGUGAAAAGAGACGAAAGAAGCAAAAGGCCAAUAAAAUUUAUAAUUUCUGAACAACUGAAGUUUCUUCAAAUGUGAAAGACUGUCUUUGUAUUUCAUGUAUUAACUGAAUGUUUCCUAACACGGCUCUGUGUUGUCUUUGGUUGUACUGCCUGUCAUAUAGUGAUAGG